AUACCAACAGCAGCAGACUUGAGAUCGCUGCUGAAUAGUCUCUGCCGACUCACGAAAAGGGCAAGCGGACGCAGAAGCUCGAGCGUCGGAAGGAGAGGCGUACAGACAAGACGAGCGUCAGGAGCAGAGGCCCGGCAGUCGUGGACGAGGAAGCACAAAGAAUGGCAGAUGUUGUGACGACGAGCAAUGCCGCGAGCCACACAACACCCAUAGAACAGGCCUCGGAGCGAGGCGGUGCAAGAGGGAGAGGGCGAAGGAGAGGAGGUCCACGAAGAGGAAGAGGAGGAGGCGGUGGCGGCGGCGGGGGUGCUGCUGCAGGCGAGACAGCGUCACACGACACUGCUCCUCGACCCGACGGCCCCAGCGGUGAAGGCCAGCCGACUGCAUCUUCGGAGCGGGGAGUGCCAAAGCGAAGAGGAGGUGGGCCAAAGAGAGGAAAAGGAGGUGGUGGCCGGGGAGGCAGUGGUGCGAAAAGAGCUGGCGACCGGGCGAGCACAAACGGCGACGAAGGGGCCACGGCCAGUGAAGAGCAGCCGCCACCGAGUCGACGACGGCAGUUUGCGAGCAAGUUGACGAGCACCGAUGAGCAGGGCAAUGGAAAGGAAAAUGGAAGAGCAACCAAGACAGGACAGCAAAAGAACAGUCACAAUCACAGCAACAACAACAACAAUAAGGUGGCGCCCAUCGACUACGCCGACCUGCGCACCAGGCUCGUGGCUGAGCUCUCGUCUGGCCAGUACGACUGCUCGGUGUGCUACUCGACAGUGACGACAAAGCAGGCCGUGUGGUCCUGCACCCAAUGCUACGUCGUCCUCCACCUCGACUGCGUCCAGCGUUGGGCCUCGUCGAGCGUGGCCAAGAUUGAGGAGCAGAAUGCGAUGCAGGAGGACCCGGCCAUUCGCGACCGGAAGGGCACCUGGCGUUGCCCCAGCUGCCAGUAUGCGCGCGAGCCCGUCCCACGCACCUACCUCUGCUGGGACGGCCAGGUCAAGGAUCCUGCCGGCGGAAAAGGUGCGCCACCACACUCCUGUGGCCGAGGAUGCAACAAGGCAAAGUGCAGCCACGGCUGCGCUGCCGGUCUGUGUCACCCAGGCCCCUGUCCACCGUGCCCAGUGUCCAUCACGAACCGGUGCUUCUGCGGGGCCGAAGCCGUCACGACGAGAUGCUCCCAGCUUCGUGGACCCUCGCUGUCUCGCGGCGUCUCCUGUGGCGGCACCUGCGACAAGCUGCUGCCCUGCGGCUUUCAUCGAUGCACCGACAUCUGCCAUGAAGGCGAAUGCGCGCCCUGCCAGAGAGUCGUCCGGUCCAAAUGCUAUUGCGGCAAGCACGAAAAGGACAUGCGCUGCGGCGAUGGCCUGGCCAAGACGAGCAACGAGAGUGCAGAGCUGAGCUGGGAGGGCCGUUGGGCAUGCGCUUCCCUAUGCGAGCGACCAUUUGAUUGUGGCAAGCACCUCUGCCAGCGGGCAUGUCAUGCGAUCAGCAUCCAACGACCGCCGUGCCCCUUUUCCCCCGCCUUUGUCGCAACGUGUCCCUGUGGUGCCGAGCCGAUUGGGGAACGGACGAGCUGUGAGGACCCGAUUCCGACGUGCUCGCGCACCUGCAGUCGCCAGCUCUCGUGUGGCCACACCUGCCAGGCCCAGUGCCAUCUCGGUGACUGCCCGCCAUGCUCCAUCGUCAUGCCGACGCCGUGUCGAUGUGGCGAGACAAAGAAGCCCAUCACCUGCCACGAGAAGCAGCGCGAAGAGUCAGAGGGUGGCCAAGAAGUUCUCUGCACCACCACCUGCCGAUCGCUCCGCAACUGUGGCCGACACGAGUGCAGGCGGACAUGCUGUCCGCUGUACUUUUUGGCAAAGUCAAAGUCGAGAAAGAAGCCUUCGCAGCGGGAGCUCGAGGAGCAGGACCCAGCCGGCCUACACAACUGCGAUGUGCCUUGCGGGAAGGCGCUCAAGUGCGGGCUUCACAACUGCCCCAUGACCUGCCACCGAGGUCCUUGCCCGCCCUGCCUCCAGGCUUGCUUCGAUGAGCUGUCGUGCCAUUGUGGAAGGACAGUCUUGGAUCCACCCGUGCCGUGUGGGACAGUGAUUCGCUGUCACUUUCCCUGCGCGCGACCGCCACCACCUUGCGGCCACCCCAAGCAACAGCAUGACUGCCACGAGGACGAGCAUUGCCCUCCAUGCAUCUUCCUCGUCGAGAAGCGCUGUCUCUGCGGCAAGAACGUCAUUCCCAACAUCCCUUGCCACCGGUCUCGCGUCUCAUGCGGCCAGACGUGCGACAAUGUUCUGAACUGUGGCUUCCACCGCUGCCAGCAGACGUGCCACCAAGCUGGCGAAUGUGGACCAUGCAGCCAGACGUGCACAAAGCCUCGCAAGUGUGGCCACCCAUGCCCAGAGAAGUGCCACGCACCCGCGGCGUGCCCCGAGACGGAGCCAUGCAUGGCCUGGGUGACGCUCCAGUGCCCCUGUGGCAACAUCCAGCAGCGCGCUCGGUGCGGCGCCUCGUUGCACUCGCCGGUCAAUCCAGACCGCAAGCUCAAGUGCACCGAUGCCUGUCUCAUCGCUCAGCGAAACAUCAAAUUGGCCGAGGCACUCGGCUUGAAUCCGGCAGAAAAGUCUGCGCCGACCACGUACGAGAAGUCGACGCUGGCAUACUACAGCAACAACAAGCGAUACGCCGACGAGGUCGAAAGCACCCUGAUUGACUUUAUCCGUUCGUCCAGGCACGGCCUCAUUCUUCCUCCGGCCAACCGGGCCCAGAGGCAAUUCACGCACGAGCUCGCUGAUGCAUUCAAACUUGUCUCGGAGAGCGUUGAUGCGGAGCCGAGGAGGAGCGUCAGUGUUCGACGCAGGCAGGAGAGCAAAGUGCCCCACCCACUCCUCUCAGAGGCCCACCGGACCUACCGAGCUGAGGGCCAAGGUAGCUCGGCCCUGGGCCAGCUGCGUAGGCCUGGCCCUUCAUCGACGACGGAGGACGGCGUCGCAAUUGCGCGCGAGAACCGCUUCCCGCUCAACGCUGUCCUCCUCGAAGGUGUCUUUGGACACGACGAAGCCUCUCUUCGCGCCAUCCUCCAGCCGCUCCUUCGGACCGCAGGCACCCUCCAGCUCCGGUGGGUCGGCGACGAGGACGUGCUCGUAUCGUCGGACCUUCCUUCGAGGCUCGUGGCGAGCCGGACCGAGCUGCGCUCCCUCCUCUACCGCAUCGACUUGCCCGCGGGCAGGGUCGCCAGUGCAAUCCUCUUUGUCCAUGCCGACGCCAGGGGCAAUAUUGUGCGUGUCGAGACCACCAACCCCACGCCUUCGUCCUCGGGUACCGCGACGCCAGCAGGCGCGUGGGGCAGCUCGUCAACAUCGAGAGGCGGCGCUGCCCCAGCUGCAAGAAUGGCCAACGGCGGCGCAUCGGGCGCAUGGGCCGCCGUCGCUGCUUCCAACCCGGCUGCCCAGCCCAGGCCGCCAGUCCCCAAUGCGUGGGCUGCUCCCACCAUGGUUGCUACAGGCUCCUCGAGCAGCGCAGCAGCAGCAGCAGCAGCAGCAGCAGCAAGCCGCCCGCACAAUGGAUCCACGUCGACGUCGCCCUCGACGGUGGCUUCACCGCUUCGCCAGGCAUCGCCGCCACCACCACCACCCCUCGUUGACAGCAGCAACGUUCCUGAUGAGUGGGAUGCAUGAGGCCACCCAGCGCACACUUCAUUUGGCGACGACGAGCGCCGAUUUUGACGACUGCCACCAACGGCAAUGCAUCCCUCAUUUCCAUGUAGUCAGAUUGGAUGCUCAUGUGCACAUUUAGCCAGAAAGAAAGUCGUCAUUUGAUGC